AUGCAUCUCCUCAACCUCACGCUCCAGCCAGCGUCUGCGGCGAUGCUCGCCAUCGUCGGCAGCUUCAGCGGCAAGGGCCAGGAGAUUAUCGUUGUGCGAGGCUCGACGCGCCUCGAGGUCCUCAAGCUCAACCCCGCGACUGGCGUUUUGGACUCGAUCUGCAGCUCCGAGGCCUUUGGUACUAUCCGCGACCUCUCUGCGGUCCGCCUCGCCGGUAUGACGAAGGAUUACAUUGUGCUGUCAUCCGACUCGGGCCGGUUGUCCAUUAUCGAGCUUGUCAUCCAACCUACCCCACACUUCGAGAGCCUGUACCAGGAGGUGUAUGGCAAGUCUGGAAGCCGGCGAACCAUCCCGGGACAGUUCCUAGCGGCAGAUCCUAAAGGCCGCGCGAUCAUGUACGGCGCGGUGGAGAAGGCCAAGCUCGUGUACAUUCUGAACCGGAACGCCGAGGGCAAGCUGUUUCCUGGCUCGCCACUCGAGGCACACAAGGCGCACACGAUCGUCACGUCGCUCGUGUCGCUCGACACGGGGUACGACAACCCGAUGUUUGCAGCACUCGAAAUCGACUAUGCCGAAGCGGACCAGGACCCGACGGGCGAUGCGAUGCGGCGGACAGAGAAACACUUGACAUUCUACGAGCUCGACCUCGGCCUCAACCACGUUGUGCGCAAGUGGAGUGAACCAUGUGACCGCCGCGCCAACCUCCUUGUCCAGGUGCCCGGUGGACAGAAUGCCAACACGGACAGAUUCGAUGGGCCAUCAGGCGUCCUCGUGUGUGCUGAGGACCACAUCUCGUGGCAGCACAUGGACGCCGAGGCGCACCGCGUCCCCAUCCCGCGGAGGAGGAAUCCGCUCGCACAGCGCGGCGAGAGCAGCCGUGGCCUCAUGAUCGUGAGCGCCAUUACUCACAAGAUCCGCGGCGCGUUCUUCUUCCUCCUCCAGAGCGAGGAUGGCGACCUGUACAAGGUUGUGAUCGAGCACGAGGGCGAGGAUGUUAAGGCGCUCCGCAUCAAAUACUUUGACACAGUGCCUGUCGCAACGAGCUUGUGCAUCCUCAAGUCGGGAUACUUGUUCGUCGCGAGCGAGUUCGGCGACCAGAACCUGUACCAGUUCCAGAGCCUGGCAGACGACGACGAGGAGCAGGAGUGGUCCUCGACCGACUACCGGGACAAUGGUGUCGGCGAGGGGCCCUUACCGUACGCGUUCUUCAAUCCACGACCAUUGACCAACCUGCUCUUGGUCGACACGCAGACGUCGCUGGACCCUAUCCUCGACGCGCAGGUUGUCAACCUCUUGGGCGGCGCGAGCGACACUCCCCAGAUUUACGCGGCGUGCGGGCGUGGGCCGCGCAGCACCUUCCGCUCCCUCAAGCAUGGAUUGGACGUCAACGUCCUCGUGUCGUCAGGGCUACCAGGUGUGCCGAACGCAGUGUGGACUCUCAAGCUAUCCGAGGAGGACGAGUACGAUUCAUACAUCGUGCUCUCGUUCCCUAACGGCACAUUAGUGUUGUCAAUUGGCGAGACGAUCGAGGAGGUUAACAACACAGGGUUCUUGAGCUCCGGCCCGACUCUCGCUGUCCAGCAGCUCGGCCCGAAUGGCCUGCUCCAGGUCCACCCAUACGGACUGCGCCACAUCCGCGCCGCGGACCGCGUGGACGAGUGGCCAUGCCCGUCCGGCACGACUAUUGUUUCGGCGACGACAAACACGCGUCAGGUCGUUAUCGCGCUCAGCACAGCCGAGCUCGUCUACUUUGAGCUAGACGACGAAGGGUCCCUCAGCGAGUAUCAGGAGAAGAAGAGCCUGCCUGGCAACGCGACUUGCGUGUCCAUCGCCGAUGUCCCUGAGGGUCGCAAGCGCACCGCCUUCCUCGCUGUCGGGUGUGACAACCAGACUGUGCACGUCAUCUCGCUUGAGCCUGACAACACGCUCGAGACACUGUCGCUGCAGGCCUUGACAGCACCUCCAAGUGACAUCUGCCUCGCCGAGAUCUUCGACACAUCGAUCGACAAGAACCGCGCGACCACGUUCAUGACGAUCGGUCUCGUCAACGGAGUGCUGCUCCGCACGGUUGUCGACCCCGUCGAUGGCUCGCUGUCUGACACGCGACUCCGCUUUAUCGGCGCCAAGCCGCCACGUAUCGUCCGCUCGAACGUGCAGGGCAGCCCGUGUGUCAUGGCGUUUUCGUCGCGCACAUGGCUUCUGUACACCUUCCAGGACUUGCUCCAGACCCAGCCCCUCAUCUACGACUCGCUUGAGUACGCGUGUCAUCUCAGCGCCGCAAUGUGCCCCGACGGCCUGAUCGGCAUCUCGGGCAACACUCUUCGCAUCUUCACAAUCCCUCGCCUGGGCACGAAGCUCAAGCAGGACUCGAUGCCGCUCUCGUACACGCCCCGCCAUUUCGUGUCGUACCCCUACGCACCUGUGUUCUACGGCAUCGAAGCAGACCACCGGACAUAUGGCCCGAAGACGAUCGAGCGCGUCGUGGCCGCCAAGGAGGCGGCAGGAGACCAUGUGAACAAGGAGGUGCUGGAGCUGCCGUUCGCCGAGUUCGGCCGCCCGCGUGCUGGUCCAGGCCACUGGGCAUCGUGCAUCCGCGUGAUGGACCCGUUGGCCGUGUCGACACUGCAGACGAUCGAGUUGGACGAGGACGAGGCGGCGUUCUCGCUCGCCGUCUGCUACUUUGAGCGCAUGGGAGGGAGACCGUCGCUCGUCGUCGGUACGGGCGUGCGCACGACCCUUGUCCCGAAGAGCUGUGCUGAGGGCUGGUUGAGAGUUUACUCGAUCGAAGACGACGGCAAGCGCCUCGAGUUCAUGCACAAGACGAAGACGGACGAACUUCCUCUUGCGGUCGCCGCGUUCCAGGGCUUUUUGCUCGCGGGCAUUGGCAAGAGCCUGCGUCUGUACGAGAUGGGCAAGAAGGCGCUGCUGCGCAAAUGCGAAAACAACGGUUUCCCAACCGGCAUCGUAAGCAUUCACGUGCUCGGCUCGCGUAUCAUUGUCGGCGACGCACAAGAAUCGGCCUUUUUCUGUGUGUACCGCACGAUUCCCACGCGCCAGCUCCUUAUCUUUGCGGAUGACAGCCAGCCACGCUGGCUCACGGCCAUCUGUAGCGUCGACUAUGACACGGUGUGCGCCGCCGACAAGUUUGGCAACAUCUUUGUGAACCGCCUCGAGGAACGGGUGUCCGAAAAGGUCGACGAUGACCCAACAGGCGCGGGGAUUCUGCACGAGAAGGGCUUCCUCAUGGGCGCAGCUCACAAGACGGAUAUGAUUGCGCACUACAACGUCGGGUCGAUUGUCACCAGCCUAACCAAGGUCUCGGUGGCGCCUGGUGGCAGGGAUGUUAUCGUGUACACUACAAUCUCGGGUGCGGUCGGCGCACUGGUUCCGUUUGUCUCGAACGACGACGUCGAGUUCAUGACGACACUGGAGAUGCACAUCCGCUCGCUCAACACGUCUCUUGUCGGGCGUGACCACCUCGCAUACCGCGGGUACUAUGCGCCCGUCAAGGCCGUGGUCGACGGCGACCUGUGUGACAGCUUCAACCUCCUCCCCUACCCCCAGCAGCAGGCGAUUGCGGCCGACUUGGAUAGGAACGUGGGCGAGGUGUUGAAGAAGCUCGAGCAGCUGAGGACAAGCAGUGUGUUCUAG